AUGGCUACUACUAGUAUUUCAAAUGAAACUAUAAAUAUCGAACGUGAAAAAGCCAAUUUAUUAACAUUGAUCAAGUUGACAUUAAAUACACUUAUUGAUCAAUCAUGUUCAAUGCAUCAGUUGGACGAUGGGAAUCCAGAUGUUAUGAAUUUUAUGAUUACAUUAGAACGUAUUUUAUCAUUUCGUAUGCGAGCUAACUGGUUAUCGGAACGUCGAUAUUUUUGGGAUUUUAUUAAACCAGCAUGUAUUGGAUCUUGUCGUCAAAAUAUUAUUGAGCGAGUUGAAGAUUUAUCAAAAAUGAAAAGUUUAAAAGAAAAGGGACGUGCAUGGAUUAAAUUUGCAUUAUUAGAAAAAAAACUAUCAGAAUUAUUAAAAUUAGUUAUUAGUGAUUGUCAUUUGGUGAGAAAAUUCUAUCAUGAUGAUUCAAUUAUGACAUCAUCACAAGCGUUCAUUCUAUGUGAUCAAUUAACGGGUUUGUCAGCCAUCGAUUUUAGUUUUUGUUUUAAACAACCAUUACCUACCUCUUUGACUUCGCCAAUAUCAUCGAAUCUGAAUGAUUUGGAUAUUGAUGUUAUUGAUGUGACACCGUUUCUAUGCUAUAAAUCAAAACACGCAAAAUAUCCGUUACAAGAAACAAAUGUUUAUUAUGAAGAGCAGAAUGUAGAAAAUAAAUCGGUCGAUGAUGUACAAGAAAUGACUGAGCUUAAUUUAACAAAGGCAGUUUCGAUUGAAAAAUAUAAAUUAGAAGUUGAACAAAGAAAAUAUUUUGAAGAAUUAUUGAGUCAUCGUGAUCGUGAAUUGCAACAAAUAAAAAUUCAGUUUGAGAAUUUAAAACGAGAUCGAGAAACAGAAGUUAUGCAAAUGGAAAAUAUCAUUGUAGAAUUACAGUUAGAAUUACAUUCAGCACGAGAUGAUGCCGAACGAAAACGUAAAAAGCAGCCAGUAGGUAAUAUUUCAUCCAAUCGAACAGAAAAGAAAAAACCAUUAUUCCCGUUGGGAGUAAUUCGACGUAGUUCAACGUCGUCAAGUCUGCAACCAAUUACCGACAUAAUAUUAACAAAUGAUGAUGAUAAUUCAUCAGAAGCACAUAUGCGAUCAAUAGAAAAUUCAUUGACACAAACAGAUGAAAAAACAGUACAAGAGUCAAAUGUAGUUGAUCAAAAUCUUGUUGAUAAUUUAACAUCAAAAGUAAAUGAAUAUGUUUUUACACAAAAUGUCGAUGAUAAUAGUACAACAAAUUCUCAAUCAUCACGUCGUUCGAGUCAUUCGACAAAUGGUGUUGAUGAACAAUAUGAAUUAGUACAAAUGGGUAUUCCAACGAUGGCAAAAUCAGCAGUUACAACAAUUGAAAAUCAAAAUGAAAAUGCUUUAAUUAGUUCAGCAGAAAUGCUUUCAUCUGUAACAUCGUUAUCAGGCGAUGAUGAAACAGAAGAUAAACAACAAGAACAAGACACUAAUAAAAUAAUUGAUGAAUCGGGUAGUUUUGAAACAACAACAUUAUCACCUGAACAACAAAAUCUAUUACAAGAAGAAAAUACAGAAUAA